UCAUUUACAGUUACAACUGUAAGAAGCUAAUACUUACUCUCUAGUUUUGAAUCCCUAAUAAAAUUAGUGUUCCAAAAAUGUAUUUCAAAAUUCUCAUUGUUAUUUGUGUUUGCUUAAGCUACAGUGCGAAUGGUAUACCUCUAGAGUCAUCCGAACAGGAUCUAAAACGUUACUUCGACCCCCGUGUCAUAGGGGGUGAGAAUACCCCUGAAGGGUACGCUCCUCAUAUGGUAGCAAUUCUGGUUGGAGACGAAGUUAUCCAACUGAUACUUUGUGGAGGGUCCUUGGUGAAGCUUAAUUUAGUGAUGACUGCAGCCCACUGCCUUACAGAUUAUGAAAUAAUGAAGGAAUUUUUCCACGGUGCUCUAGGAUCAAACAACUGGAAGACAGGAGGCAAAAGAGUUGAGUUCCAGAACUACCACAUCCACCCAGAAUGGGACCCUGUCCUCAUUAAGAACGACGUUGGUUUCAUAAGCCUGACGGAGAAGGUGGAACUGAGUGAACAUUUGCAGUUGGCUGCUAUGAACUUUGAUUUUGUGGGAGAAGAAGCAAGCUCUGUGACGGGAUGGGGGUGGGUAGCGAACUGGGCUCUUACUCCCUUCCACCUUCAAGUCCUGGAGGUGACCACAUUGUCUCCUGAAGAUUGUGCCGAUAGGGUCCGUGAAGCCAGUUCCGUCUGGUGGCCCAAUUCUCCACACGUGGACCCCAAAAUUGAGAUCUGUACCUUGCACUCCACUGGUCGAGGUUUAUGCUUCGGUGACUCUGGCAGUGCUCUCAUGUCGAAGGAAUCUGGAACCCAAAUUGGUAUAGCAUCCUGGGCCUUCACGUGUGCGCUUGGUGUCCCUGACAUGUACGCGAGGAUCAGUGCAUUCAAGGACUACAUUCAAUCCGUCAUGGAACAAUAUUAAUGAACUUGAAAUCAUCAA